AGAGCUACAGUGUUUGAUUCAUGAUCAACAAAAAGAUUUAUGUGGAUAAAUACAAUAAGAUGUAGAGUUUAAGGCUUCCAAAGGGGAUCGUGCUGAUCUUUCAGAUCUUUCCCUGGGAUUACUGUAAAAGUCCUACUUCAGUUUCUCCUGAAACUACCUCACUCCAUAGUUAUGCUGUGAAGCGAGAGGUCGACUGGGCUGGUUCCAGAUAUGGAGCCCUUCUGGCUACGAUCCAGCAAACUGUUGAUGUGGUCUGCAUAGAUUUUUUGUCUGUGUUCUGAAAGUCAAGUGCAGUUAGAGGCCAGACUGUUUUCUUAAGAGACAGCAGAGUUAAACCAGAUGUCGUUCUGCACAAGAUCACAUAACUGUGUAUAUUGAAAAUUGAAUUAUCACCCGUGACGUUGGGGAAUUUAUACCUGGUGUCCAGUGGUUGCAGAAACAGUUUAUUCUCUGACCUGUGUGUUUUGCUGAUGAUCGACAGGCACUACCACAGCAUGGACGAGUUCAGCCACUAUGAGCUGCUGGACACCUCUACUCAGCGGUCGGUGGCAGAGGGCCACAAGGCUAGCUUCUGCUUGGAAGACACUUCCUGUGACUACGGAUACUACCGGAGAUACGCCUGCACAUCACACACACAGGGUCUGAGCCCAGGAUGCUAUGACACCUACAACGCAGACAUCGACUGUCAGUGGAUCGACAUCACAGAUGUGCAGCCUGGACAAUAUACCCUCAAGAUCAGUGUAAAUCCUUCCUAUCAAGUUGAAGAGUCGGACUACUCCAACAACAUAGUGCGGUGUGACGUACGUUACACCGGCAACUAUGCCUACGUGUCCGGGUGCCACAUGUCGCCAUAUUAAGUUACAGCAGUGAUGAUCCACUGAUAUUGAGCAAGUUUCCUGUGUGAAUGACUUCGAAGAGGACGGAGAUCAACAGGGGAUGUGUAAAAGAUGAUAAUAUGUGACAUACUUUUAUUUUAGAAUAAAAAAUUUAGAAAAAAAGUAAACAUAACCAUCAGAUAUUAUGGCAUAAGAUUACAUUGAAUCCUCCUUGCUUUAUGAGGAAAAAAACUCUCUUAUACUUUUUCUCCCUCUCUCGUAUCCCGUAUGCCUUUAUUGUAAGACACUUAAAUAAAUCUGCUAUAUUUAAGAGCUUAACAGCACAAUGCCCUUCAGUGCUUAGUCAUUGUAUCUUCUCCUUCUUUUUGGGCUUUUCUCUUCAGGGAUUUCCACAUUGAAUCUGCUUUCAUUUAGUCCCUUACUCAAUGUAUCAAAAAGUAAAAUGGCUAUCUAAAAGGAAAAUGCAUUUAUUAUAUUUAUAUGCAGCAGAAAAAUUCUUUAUUCCAAAGCUUUUGAUGGAUCUUUCUUAAAUAAAUUUGGCAGAUAUUGUCUUGAAUGUU